GCUCCUGAAAUUCCCAGUAUCCCUCGAGUCUGGGAAUCGCCUCAGAGGCGGCAGCCCUCCUUGUGUCCAUCACUGGGACAUCCUCUCCCACCCAGUGACCCCCCCGUGGCUCCUCCAGCCCAUCCCAGUCCAUCCCGGUCACUCCCAGUGCUCCGCGGCGCGUCCAUCUCGGUCGAGCGUGGAGAUAACGCCUCUCAGCCAAUCACAGCUCGUCCCUCCGAUGACCCAUCUGUUGCUAGGAUGAUCCGCAGAUCCGAGUGCCCCGAGCUGGACUCGGCCUCGCAGCGCCGCGCACGUCAUUGCCAGUUCCAUCCCAGUCCAUUCCCAGAUCCCUUCCAGUGCCACCGCAGUCCCUCCAACUCCUUCCCAGACCCUUCCAGUCUAUUCCCAGUCCACUCUCCGACUUUCACGCUCUCUCAUAGUGCCGAGUGCCCCUCCCACCUUUCUCAGUGCCACUCCAGUCCCUCCCAGUUCAUUCCCAGACCAUCCCAGUUCCAACCAGCCCCUCCAAGUCAAUUACCAGUCUAUUCCCAGUCCAUUCCCAGUUCACGACAAGACUUCCACCGUCUCUCCCAGUACCCCCCAUCCUCUCCCACCUCUCUCGGUGCCACUCAACUCCCUCCCAGUGCAUUCCCUGUCCCUCUCCACCCCACUAAAGCCCUCCCCUCUCCCAGUGCUCCCCAGCUGAUUCCAGUGUGUCCCCACUCUCUCCCUCUCACAGUGCCCCCAGUGUGUCCAUCUUGCUGGUGCCCUCGAGUUCCCAGCCUGGCCCCAGCCGCCUGCUCUGCUCCGUCAUGGAUUUCUACCCUGCCCACAUCCAGGCGAGGUGGUUCCAGGGCCAGCAGGAGCUCUCAGACCACAUGGUGGCCACCGACAUGGUCCCCAACAGGGGCUGGACUACCAGCUCCUGGAGCUGCUGGAAACCCCCACCCCCAGGGCAGGCUCACCUACACCAGCCAGGUGGAGCACGUCAGCCUGGAGCACCCCCUGAGCUGCACUGGGAUACGGGGGAGCCCCCGGGGGCACUGGGAGAGCCACUGGGCUGUGCUGGGAGCCACUGGGAAGGAGCUGAAGGGAGCUGUCUUGGAACUGGAAGAGGGGCUGGGGGCUUGGCAAUGGCUGGGAAGGGGUUUGGGGGAUGCUGGGGAGGGUGAGAUGGGGUUGGGGGGGUCCUGGUGGGCACUGGGAGGGAGUUUGGGGGUGCUGGGUGUGACUGGGAGGGAGUUUGGGAGCACUGCCAUCCUCUCGCCACCCUGUGUCCUCCUUCACACCCCGUCUUUCCACAUCCCCCGUUCCCUACCCGGAAUGGUGAUUGCUGUGUAAGAGACAGUUGGAAGUUUCCCUCAUUUGCCUCAUGACCGUCGCCAGGACAGACCCUGAGGGCCCUGGCUGGAGUUCUGGCCUGGUUGAAGUGGAUGCUCACCAAGUGAUUGUGUGCAGGUGUGCUUGCUGUGCCUCCACGGUCUCACACCUGCUUCACCAUCCCACAACAGCCCAUGAAUUUCCCCAUCUCUUGGCCAAAUGAACUUUCUGAGCUAACUCUGGUGAUCCCCCCACGGAAGAUCCCUCAUCUGCCUCAUGACCACCAUCAAGGAUGGAGACUGAAGCCCCCUCCCAAGGAAUGAGACUGAGACCCUUAUAAUUCUAACACAGGAUGCUGGCCUGACGGAAGUGGGAUGUCUGCCAAGUGGUGCCUGCAGAGGACUAGAAGAGACCCCUGAGUUAACCCAAGAAUUUGAGAUUCUCCUCGAUGUGACAAGACGGAUCUACUGGCCGGACCACAGGGAUUUCAUCUCUCCAUUGGCAGCUAUUCCCCCCAGCCCUUCUUUUUUCCUCUCUCUCUCUCUAUCCUUUAUCUCCUUUCUAAUCCUUCUAUCGCAUUUGCUGUGGGCACUCAGUAAAGGUGCAUUUGUUUUGAUGAA